ACAGGAAGAGACCACCUCUCACGGGCUUCUGACACUUCAGUGUGAUGCUCAGUCAGUCAGCAGUGAGGCAACAUGGAGGUCACGGCUCUCUGCGUCACACUGUUGAUGAACGUGCUGCUCCUGCUGGGUGCACAUGAUCAGGAAGUUGAAUCAGCAGUGCUUCAUGUCGACCCAAACAGACUGCAGUUCUUUGAGUAUGAACCUGUAACUCUCCACUGUGAGGGGCCCACAGGAGAGGAACUCUCAUGUAAAUCUACCAGUAGGCUGACGUCAACAGGGUCGUCCUGCACCUUCAAAAAUGUUUUUCCAGAAGACGGUGGAGAGUACUGGUGUGAGGGUAAAGGAGGAGGGAGGAGGAGCAACAGCGUCAACAUCACUGUCACUGCUGGCUCAGUGAUCCUGGACAGUCCUGCCCUUCCUGUGAAGGAGGGAGAUGCUGUGACUCUGCGCUGCAGGAACAAGACAACCUCCUCAACCCUCACAGCUGAGUUCUUUAAAGAUGGCCGCUCCAAAGAGAGCAGCUCUACAGGAAACAUGACCGUCCAUCAUGUCUCCAAGUCUGAUGAAGGACUCUACAGGUGCAGAAUCUCUGGAGCUGGAGAGUCAGCAGAGAGCUGGCUGACUGUCACAGAAGAUCACAAAGAGACCACUCCCACCACCUCCAGCUCUACACCAUGGAUCGUUACGACUCUGUUACUGUUGGUUCUGCUGAUGGUGGUGGGAGCACUUCACCUCGGCAAACGUUACUGGAACAGAGUGUUGAACAACCUGCCCACACUGACUCUCCGCUCGAGCUCAGCUGUCGACCAAACAGUCUCUGCAGAGGCCGGUGCAGCUGGUGGAGACAAAGGGGUGUAUGCUACCGUAACAAGAAACAGGAAGAAGAAAGAUGAUGAUGCAUUGGUGUCUGCACCCGUCUACUACACCUUGGGCCUGGAUGACACUCAACAACUGGCAGGACCAGGAGCAUCUACCACGACAGCGACACCUGUUCCCUCAGCAGGGACCAACCCAUCUUUAACGGACAGUGCCUUUUACUCUACAGUCCAGUGGCCUGCUGGGUGACUGCUAAUCAAAGGGGGAGCUUGAAAAGACGUGUUCACCAUUUGACACAGUGCACCCGAAUUAGCAACGCCAUGACAUGAGUGAAAACACAGAAGUAACACAGCCCCAUACUCAAAGGUAUCAGUGUUUGUUUUAGCAGCUUUUAGAAUUUAGUCUUAAGACAAAAACGUUUAUUAGUGUUAGUCACGUUUUAGACUUUUAAUGAUGAUGUGUUAACAAUGUGUGUGUCAUGUCUCCAGCAGUGUGUGACAGGUUGUAUAAGAUAAUGUGUGUGUCAUGUCUCCAGCAGUGU